AUGUCUCGCCAACAGCAGGCCGCGCCGGGAAGCCGCCGCCGGAGGGCGGGCGAGGUGGCCGGAAAUGCGACGGCGGAGUUUACAGCGGUGUGCUGCUGUGUCCCUUGCGCGGUGAUGGAUAUUGUGGUUCUGGCGGCGUAUAAGGUUCCGGCGGGGUUGGUGAAGAAGGCGAUGCGCGGGAGAAAGCGAAGCUUGCAACAGAAGAAGAUGAAGAAGAAGAAGAAGGAGGAGGCGCUGUUGGAGCCGCAGAACAACGAGGUGGUUGGGUCUGAUGCGGUGAAUGUUGUGCCGACGCUGGAGGAGCAACUGGCGAAGGAGACGGCGGAGACGGCCAAGUUAGAGGCGGAGAUGUGGGCCCAGUUCAAUGGGGGCGGUUUCUGGAGAAGCUGUUCUCAGCGCCAAAAUAAUGAACCGGAGCAUCAAACCGGGGAAGCGAACCGUGAUGUUAUUGCAAUUUGCAAUUCUGUUAAGUGA